AUGGAAGCAAACCACAUCCUCAUCACCGGCGCGGCCGGCUUUAUAGGCCAAGAGCUGACAGUCGCUCUCCUGCUAUCCUCGCCCACAAUUCACCUCACAAUCACCGACAUCACCACUCCAGCAAUCCCCCCUUCCUCCGUCAUCCCUGACGCUGCAUCACGAAUCACUGCGCUGCAGACGGACCUCACAUCUCCCGAUGCCGUGGCAGAACUACUUACGCAUCACUCCCGCUUCAAUGCGAUGUACCUCCUGCACGGCAUCAUGUCGGGUGGCGCCGAGGCGAACCUCGACCUCGGUCUCCGGGUGAACCUCGACAGCCAUCGGUACAUCCUUGACGCCAUUCGCCAGACGACCUCGCCUCAUCGCGGGACGGUUGUGGUCUUCCCCAGCUCGUUGGCUGUUUACGGACCGGUUGGGGGACAAGUAGUCACCGAAACGACGUGCCCUACACCCCAGUCCUCGUACGGCGCAGAAAAGCUCAUUGUCGAAACCCUAGUCGGGGAUUACUCACGCCGUGGGCUUAUCGACGGCAGAAUCGUGAGAUUACCGACCAUCAUCGUCCGUCCGGGAGCGCCGAGCGCCGCCGCCUCGUCGUUUGCGUCGGGGAUCGUGAGGGAGUCUCUCAAGGGCGAGCAGAACAUUUUGCCUGUGGGACCCGAGCUCCCUAUGUGGAUUUGCUCGCCGAGGACGGUUGUUGCCAAUUUGGUUGCUAUCAAGGACACCCCGCGGGAGAACUUUGGACUGUCGAGGGUUGUGAACCUGCCGGGUAUCACUGUGACAGUCGCGGAUAUCCUCAAUGCAUUGGAGGUUGUUGGAGGGCCAGAGGCUCGGGCUAAGGUUACUGAGCAAAGAGACCCGCAGAUCGAGGCCAUCGUUGGAAGUUGGCCGGCGCUUUUUGACGUUUCGAAGGCGCUUCAGCUCGGCUUAGCCCAAGACGCGGAUAUCGUGACCACAGUAAAGGAUUUCGCCGAUCGACUUCGUUCUGGCCUAUAG